AUGGCAAACCCUCCCCACGGUGGACAACUGAAAGACCUUUUGGCGCGUGACCUUCCCAGAGCCGAAUCAUUGCGUGCUGAAGCCGACACCCUCACUGAUCUCGUGCUAACCGAGCGGCAGUUGUGCGACCUCGAGCUCAUUCUAUGCGGUGGGUUUUCUCCUCUCGAAGGGUUCAUGACCAAGGCCGACUAUGACAAUGUUGUGGACAAUUUGCGUCUUGCUGAUGGUUCGCUGUUCUCAAUGCCGAUUAACCUCGAUGUUUCUGAAGAGGACAUUGAAGAGUUGAAGCUGGCUCCCGGCAAGCGGGUCACCCUUCGUGACUUCCGCGACCAAGCUGCUUUGGCUAUCAUCACAAUUGAGGAUAUUUGGAAGGUCGACAAGAAGCGUGAGGCCGACAAGGUUUUCCGCGGUGAUCCCGAGCAUCCCGCUGUCAAGUUCCUAAACGAGACGGUCAAGUCGCAUUACGUUGGUGGUAAACUCGAGGCUAUCAAUCGUAUCAACCACUACGACUACAUUGGCCUGCGUAACACUCCUGCAGAGCUCCGUACUCAGUUUGCUAAGCUUGGCUGGCAGAAGGUUGUCGCUUUCCAGACCCGCAACCCCAUGCAUCGUGCUCAUCGUGAACUGACUGUUCGUGCAGCUCGCCAGCACAAAGCCAAUGUGCUCAUUCACCCCGUCGUUGGCCUCACCAAGCCUGGUGACAUCGACCAUUUCACUCGUGUUCGCGUUUACGAGGCGCUCAUGCCCCGUUACCCUAACGGUAUGGCUCUUUUGUCUUUGCUUCCUCUGGCCAUGCGUAUGGGUGGUGACCGUGAGGCUGUCUGGCACGCUAUUAUCCGUAAGAACUACGGUGCUACCCACUUCAUUGUUGGCCGUGACCACGCUGGUCCCGGUAAAAACUCCAAGGGCGUCGAUUUCUACGGACCUUACGAUGCUCAAGUUUUGGUUGAGAAAUAUCGUGAUGAGCUAGGAAUUGAGGUUGUUCCUUUCCAAAUGAUGACCUAUUUGCCUGAAAAGGAUGAGUACGCUCCUAAAGACGAGGUUCCUGCAGGCACCCAGACUUUGGACAUUUCAGGUACAGAGCUCCGUCGCAGACUCAAGCUGGGCUUGUCUAUUCCUGAGUGGUUCUCUUAUCCUGAGGUCGUCAAGGUUCUCCGUGAGAACCACCCUCCUCGUCACAAACAGGGCUUCACAAUCCUUCUUUCUGGUUACCACAACUCUGGUCGUGAGGCAAUUGCCCGUGCUCUCGAAGUCACAUUUAACCAGCAAGGCGGUCGUCCCGUCAGUUUGCUUCUGGGUGAGACUAUCCGUCAGGAGCUUUCAAAAGAGCUUGGAUAUUCCCAUGAUGAUCGCUACAAGAACUUGCAGCGCAUUGCAUUUGUGGCUGGUGAGCUCACUAAAGCCGGCUCUGUUGUCAUUGCUGCCCCCACCGCCCCUUUCCAGGAUGGCCGUGACUUUGCUCGUUCUCUUGUUGAAAAGUUUGGUGCUUUCUUCCUCGUCCAUGUUUCGACCCCACUGGAGCACUGCGAGAAGACCGACCGCUCGGGCUUGUUUAAGCUUGCUCGCGAGGGCAAGAUCACUGGAUUUUCGGGUGUUGAUCAAGAAUUCGAAACUCCUACCAAUGCAGACAUCACUGUUGACUUGACAAAAACCGACGUUCGCACCGCCGUUCACCAGAUUGUUUUGCUUUUGGAAAGCCAGGGAUUUUACGGACAGUAA